UCAUCAUCUACAGGUCUAAAAACUGGUGGCUCUGGCCAUUCCAAUUCCACAACCAUAACCAACCCAACUUCAACUCCAGAGAGAGCUUGAAGUGUAAUGAUUACUGAUGAGUUCAAUAGGCCAAAGUAUUUUGAUGGCUUUAACUGUGACUGUCAACAAAUAUGCUUCGUUAAAUGUCCAAGCAGUUCCCAGUAGAAGAGAAUCAAAACCUUCAAGAACAAAACCAAAGGCAAAAGCCGCCGCAGUCACCGAUAUUGAUAUAGGAAGAAGAGGGCUACUUCUAUCCACUGUAGCUGCCGCUCCUCAAGUUAACGACUCCACCACUGAGCUUCUUAAAAAAUAUUUAAAGAAAUCAGAGGAAAACAAGGCAAAGAAUGACAAGGAGAGACUGGAAAGCUAUUACAAGCGGAAUUACAAAGAUUACUUUGAAUUUAUAGAAGGAUCUCUGAAAGCCAAGGAGAACCAGCAACUCUCUGAAUCAGAGAAGGGUAUUCUUGAUUGGCUUCAGACUAACAAAUAAGAUUGUCUUCCAAUCUUUUCUUUAACUAGUUGUUAUUGCAAAAUUAUUAUAAUUGUAUGCAAUUAUUAAGUUCAAAUGUAUGAAUUGCUAGAGUAAAUUAAGCUCAUUUCUAAGUUUCUUUUAUCCAAAUAUGUAGUGUGGAAUUGUCAGUGAUAUAAUUACUUAUUUAACCUC